AACUCCGAACCUAGUAGCAACUAGCUCCCCUCCUUGUCAGCAGUCGACCCCGCGCCAUACCUACCUUUUCCAUUACUAUUAGCUUCAACAUCAGCAUCAGCACCCACCAACUCAAAGUGCCGCCGUCAGCAUGUCCAAAUACGGCGUCCUAGUAAUGGGCCCCGCUGGCGCGGGCAAAACCACCUUCUGCAGCUCCAUCAUCCAGCACCUCCAAAACACGCGUCGCAGCUGUUUCUACGUGAACCUAGAUCCCGCGGCAGAGACCUUCAACUACGAGCCGGACCUCGAUAUCCGCGAACUCAUCACUCUCGAAGAUGUGAUGGAAGAGCUGGGACUAGGUCCCAAUGGCGGGCUCAUCUACUGCUUCGAGUUCCUCCUCCAGAACCUUGAAUUCCUCUCCGAGGCCCUCGACCCUCUCAGCGAAGAAUACCUCAUCAUCUUCGACAUGCCGGGUCAAAUCGAGCUCUACACACACAUUCCGCUGCUCCCUUCCCUGGUGCAGUUCCUAUCCCGCCAGGGCCCGCUGAACAUCAGUCUCUGCGCGGCAUAUCUCCUCGAGAGCACGUUCGUCGUGGACAAAGCCAAGUUCUUCGCCGGCACGCUAAGCGCUAUGUCGGCCAUGUUGAUGCUGGAAAUGCCGCACGUGAAUAUCCUGAGCAAGAUGGACCAAGUCAAGGACAUGGUUUCGCGCAAGGAAUUGAAGCAGUUCACUAACGUGGAUGUGAAUAACUUGCUGGGCACGGCGGGUGACGAUGAGGAGUCAUCAGUGGUUACUGGAGACCCAUCGUCCAAGGACGCAAUGCUGAGCGGAGGAUCGUUCCAGCAACUGAACCGCGCGGUCGGGCAGCUCAUCGACGACUUCAGCAUGGUCUCGUUCCUCAAGCUCGACGUGCAGGAUGAAGAUAGUGUUGCCGCGGUGCUGAGUCACAUCGACGAUGCCAUUCAGUACCAUGAGGCUCAGGAGCCCCGCGAACCUUCCGAUGCCCAAGAGGUCGAUUACGAAGACUGAGCUGAGUGAGAUGCCGUAAGCCGUUGUUGGCGCUGCCGCUGCCGCUGCCGCCGGCGCGCCGUGAUUACGCCAUCGCGUCAGGAUUUGGGGGCGCAUGCGCUAGCGCAUCCUACUUUUCACUCCGUCGAGUUAUAUAGAGCUCUAGUUGUUGUUACCUAGGUAGCUUGUGCGUGCCUGGAUGCUGUGGAACCGCUACCUUGCUGAGUCACCGACAGCAACAACAAUAC